AUGAAUAUAUUUCGUUUUGCGGGUGAUUCUUCUCAUCUUAUUGCUAUUCUAAUAAUGAUUGUAAAAAUAUGGAAAACACGUUCUUGUGCAGGACUUUCUGGAAAAUCACAGCUUUUAUUUGCAUUCGUUUUCACAUCGCGUUAUUUAGAUCUCUUCCAUUUCAUUUCAUCAUAUAAUACUAUUAUGAAGAUCUUUUUCCUUGUAUCUUCAUAUGGAACAGUCUAUCUGAUGUUUUUCAAGUUCAGAGCGACUUAUGACCGGAGUCACGAUACAUUUCGGAUUGAAUUCUUGGUUAUUCCUGCAGCAAUACUUGCUUUUCUCAUCAACCAUCAGUUUUCAUUUAUGGAGAUUGCCUGGUCAUUCUCCAUAUAUUUGGAAGCAGUUGCCAUUAUGCCUCAGUUAUUCAUGCUUUCACGUACUGGGAGUGCGGAAACAAUUACUGCUCAUUAUUUAUUUGCAUUGGGGACAUAUCGCGCUUUAUAUAUCUUGAACUGGAUAUAUCGUUAUUACACUGAAGAAUUUUUCGAUCCUAUUGCAACUGUUGCUGGUGUUGUACAAACUGUACUUUACGUCGAUUUUUUCUAUCUGUAUGUUACACGAGUGAUUCGAGGAUACAAAAAUCUGGAGCUUCCCGCUUAG